UUGUGAUGAUUUUUAUUAGGUUGAAUGACGAUGGAUAAAAAUACAAAUUAUCAAGACAAAAUUCAUCGUGAAAGAGUCAUUUUGCAAAAGAAAGGACAUCACGUUGAAGUUUCGGGAGCCUAUAACAAAAGAGAACUUCGAAAACUUUUAUUUUCAUCUAUUUCUCUUUUACAAUCUGAUGACAAAGAUAGAACAGAGAGGAUUUUAAAAAAUAAUAUUAAACUGAGCCAAGUUGAUCUCGACGAGAUAAAAAAAGAUAAAAUCGUGGAAAUCAGUAAUGAAGGUGAACAAAUUUUGGAGGAUCUUCAUCGAGCAACGAGAGAUGCUAAUAAAAAUGAAGAUGCGAGAAAAAAUAAAGAACAAAAUAAUAUUCUGGAGAGCGGUAAUAAAAAAAAGAUAAAAGAAAAAUCGUUAGGAGAACAUUUACGUGAAAGGGGACUAAGUGAUGGCCUAAUCAAAUCUUUAUUAACUAAUGGAUUUACCGACGAAUAUAUCAGACUUUUGAAAGCCUUGGGUUUCUACGAAAACGAAAUAGAACAUUGGAAAUUAUUUUGGCAAAAGGAUUUUAACGAUUCAACGAAUUCCAUGGAAUCCGAUGAUAUUUGUGUCUCCUCGAAGUCUACAAUGUCCGAUUAUUAUUUUUCACCCGAAGGUUUUUAUUUAAAAUAUUUUUUUAGCGAUGCUUUAAUACGUGCUCUUCCAGAAAUUGCUAUGAAAAAACCUUACGAUCCGAUUGAGUAUCUUGGGUAUUGGUUGCUUCAUUUAAAGAUUUGCGAGGAACGUAGAAACAAGCAAAAAGAAUUCGAAAUGGAAUUAAUGAUCGAAAGAGAAAAAUACAAGAUGAUGAUAAUGGAGGAUCGAGAAACAAUAAAAAUAGAAAGCAGAGAUGAAGAAGAAGAAAAAGAAUUAACCGAAGAUUGGAACUUUAUAAAUUAUGAGAUUAUUUAAUAUCGUCUAAUAAAAACAAACAAAAGAACACACACAUGCCAGUUAUACUUUUUUCCGAAAGUAAAAAAACAAACUUGAAGAAGUAAAGAAGAACUUCAGAUUUUUUAAAUUUACGUAUA